AUGGACUCGGGCAGUGCCUCUACCACCCCCUCGGCGUCCGAUCUGGACACGCACUCGGACUCGCUGUAUUCCGACUCGGACUCCGGGCUGACGUACGAACUUUCGGACUCCAGCCAGACGUCCCUCUCAUCCACCGGGCAGCCAUCGGCCGAUGGCGACCGAGCAGCCGGCUUCACCCUGGCCACCCCGGUGACCGGGUCCCUGCCGGGGUCCGGCAGCCGCUCGCCCAAUCUGGCCGGAUUGCAAAUCAAAACCAACUUGCACUCCUCGCUGCCGGGGCAUCUGCUCGGGAGCGCCGGUGCCCUGGACUCCCCCAUCGAGACGGUCCCGCUGGCGCCUCCGGAGCCGGCCGAGCGCACCGCCACCCCGACGGCCGACGCUUCCCGGCCGCGUGGGCUCGCGUCCGAUGAGCCCGGCUCCCUGCCCCGAUCGGCCCGAACCUCCCCCACGUCGCUGAUGCCCCUGCGCUUUCAUACGGACGCCUCGUUCGGCCCAGGGCAGGGGCUCCUGGCGGCUGGCGACUCGCCCGGCCCCGGGCCGCCGGCCCACAUCCGCCCGGCCCCAUCGCGCGAGCCCUCCACCAGCCAGGCCCUCCCCCAGAUCCGCCAUGUUUUCUGUCAGACCUCCAGCAGCCGCUUCGAUCUGGCAUCCAUCGGGCAAAAUACCGAGACCCGUAGUGUGUCUGUCCGCUGCCUGAGCAGCUUCGAGACGACGGUCGUCGCCGCGGCUCCCAUGCUGCUUCCCUGUCGCUGA